GCGACAGUAGGGCUAGGGAUAGCCUGAGCAAAAGCUAAAUGGCCUAGCCGACUAUGACUGGACUGUUCUGAAGUGGCUUUGGGAUACGGUUCCCCUUAGGACUUUUAUCACUGCCUUCUCCCCGGCCGGCACUUUAUUCAUUUGCUCCUUAGCUUCCCGACCAAUCUUUGCUCAUAGAAAUGGCUCCGAGAAUCAUCACCCUCGUUCGCCACGGACAAGCUCAUCACAAUGUUGGUUGGAAAUGCCAUUUACACGAUCCCUACCUAACGCCCUUGGGCGAAGCCCAAUGUCAUAAUCUUUCGAAUAAGUUCCCAUCUGAGCCUCCGAUCGACUUACUUGUUUCCUCUCCGCUAAAGCGAACGAUUCAAACGAUGCUUUUUGGAUUCAAGAAGCAGAUCGAGAGUGGUGUCAAGAUGGAGCUGUUGGCAGAGCUUCAGGAGUCGUCCGGCAUGCCAUGUGAUACCGGGAGUAGCCGUGAAGUGUUAGAGAAGGAGGAAUUGUUUCAAGGACUGGAUUUUAGCGGUCUUCCGGAUGACUGGACUUCGAAGGUACUAUGUGCUCCUCCACACGCCCUUGGGGGCAUGGCUCUCGUGCUAAAAACUAUUAGGAAGGGAAAUGGGCACCCGACUCUGGUACUGUCAGGGAGCGUGCUGGAUUCGUCCGUAAAUGGCUCAAGUCCCGAUCGGAGGGCCAUGUUGUCGUAGUCCUUCACGGUAGUGUAAGUUUACCGCAUCCUAUUCUCCUUGCUCUCGGUACUUGAUUAAUACCUGAAUUGAUAGCUCCUUUACUAUUUAACAGAAGAUUGGGCUGGCGAUGGCAACCUCUAUGGCCCGGAGUGGGGAAACACCGAAUUCCGCUCCUAUGUCUUUCUCGACGGAGAGAAGGAUAAUACUUCGGCUGUUGAGACCGAUGAAUCGAAGGAGAGGAGGAAGUGAAGUCAGGAUUCGCCGGGAACGACCGAGAUGUAGUCAGAGGAGGUGGCGAGGGGUUAGACGGGAUGACCCCUGCAGUAUUGUUUACAUUCGUUUUUGUAGAGUACCUGAAUCGAUUGCACUAUAGUGCCCAAGAACCAGUAUCGGCCCUUUGAGACCUCAUGGAAUUUGAACUCUUUUCCUCACCUCACCCCUUUCUCACCUCUUCUUCCCUUUCCUACCCCCCUGUCCCAAGCCAGCUUAGAGUUCUUUUUCAAGUUGGUAAGAGUUUAUCUACAAUUACCAAGGAUGGCAAUUUGUAUUACUUCAUUUUUUACCACUGUUCCUAAAAUACUUAAGAAUAAACUAUCUUGUUCGCUCAU